GUGGAUGAUUGGAUAUGUUGCCUUAAUUGGAUUUUGCUUUGUUUCUUCUUCUUGGUGAAGUGAUGAUCUUUCUUUGUCAUUUAGCGAUCCUCACUGGAGUUUAUUUCUAAGCAAAAGCUGUUAUCAAUCCAUUCUGUAUGUCAAUCACCCAUGAAAAACUGGGGAAGGGGAGUUUACUUGAUACCUUUUGAGAUGUAUGGCCUAUUGGAUUUAUUCAUGUUGUAUCAUGAUGGCUGAUCCUUCGAGAUGUAUGAAAUAUUGGAUAGGUUCUUUCAUCGGUUGAUCGAAGAUUCUGACUUCUGAGUUUGUUUUUGAAUCUUGGGAAGCAAACCAUCCCACCAUAUUCCUGAAUUAGAGUUAUGUUUGAUGAUAUAAGAUCAGAUAUGUGAGCUCCUUUAGAAACUUGAUUCUUGUGCUUUUUGGAACCAUGGUUGUCUAUGUUUCCACCUUUGACAGAACUGUCCAACUAUCCUGGACUGGAGAAUUGAUACCUGUCUCUACAUUUUGAUUUUCAAAUGGAUGAACUUAUGGGUAAGAAAGCUGCUGAAGGGCAUGAUUUUUCAAGUAGAGGGUCCAGCAUUGUUUUUAGAGAUCAAAAUCAUGAUGCUAGAAGCAUUCAGUAUUGCAAUAGAUUAGGAUGCAGCACCAGGCUUAAUUCCAUUAAAGGGACCCAAAUUGGCAGCUCAGAAAAAGCCAAAUAUGUAAAGGCUUCUUUUCAUUCUACAAGCAGCAAGACCAUCACAGGAAACUCUUCUAAGUCAUUAUCUUCUAAUAGUGGCUACCGAAAGAGUUUCCAGGAUCGACAGAAGCAAACAUUACAACGAGAGAAGGCUAUAGCAGAAACUAGUAACAGGCAAGGGAAGAUUGAAGAUUCGGAGUGCAACAGCACUCAGGGUUUCCUAGAAGAUUUAGGUGUCAGAUCACAAGAGACAGAAGAUUCAAAGUUUUCAGAAUCCAAUCCCACAUCAGUUGCAAUUCAGACAGCACUGCCAGAUUCGAAGGAUCUUGAGUUGCUAAAUCUUGAAGGGUCAUCUUUGAACACAAUGGAGUCAUCAGGUAGCUGCACCAUCGCAUCAAGUUCAAAACCAUAUAAGCAUAUUAAAAAACUAGGUUCGGGCAAUCAGGUUGUUUCCUCAAGAUCCUCUUUCCGGCAUUCAACUUACGCAUUUAGAAACUGUGGCAAUGCUGCUAGACCUGGUUCACAAGUUCUGGGUACAGGAGCACAAAAAUCUGGUAUUAAAACUCUAAGUUGCACAUCAGUAUCAGACGUUCUUCCUUCUGGUUGUUCAUCAUCUGACUUCAGUUGCGAUAGGCAGACUGAUACAGUCAGAAAGAGACCCUCUGUUGGAGAGAGUUCUGCUGCCAAAGGCAAGGGUGAAAGUGGCCCCUCAACUGGAAGAUAUUUAGGUUCUGCACACACUGGCAUUUCUGACUCUGGUCGAUCACUUCCACAACAACUAAUGCCUCAGCAAACUUUCAUAAGGGCCGGGAACCGACCUACUAGUAGGGAUGGUGCAGUUUCAGUUAGAACCCGUCGAGCAUCUACUGGGGAUGCUAGAACAAGGCUAUCUGAGCAAGGGGUUGGCAAUAUCCUUCCAGUACAUGAACCUAUUAUGAUCCCUCACUUGCAGCAGAAUCGAGUUUCUAUCCCAGAAACUGUUCCUGAAAGCUCAUCACAUUCCUUUUCCAUGGAGUUGCCAAACGUCUUGCUUAAUUCAUCUGAACAUCCAGGUUCACGUAGCCGGGCUGCUCGAAGUAGAAUGGUUUCUCGUCCUGAAGGUGGCAGCACACAUAAUUUCCACAGCUCAUCGGGAGAUAGAGAUGGCUACAGACAGUUCAACAUGGACAGAAUUGCAGAGGUGUUGCUGGCUCUAGAGAGGAUGGAACAAGAUGAGGAGUUGACAUAUGAGCAAUUAUUGGUACUAGAAACAAAUUUAGUAUUAGGCGAUCUGAGCUUCCAUGAUCAGCACAGGGACAUGAGAAUGGACAUUGAUAAUAUGUCCUAUGAGGAACUGUUAGCCCUAGAAGAGAAGAUGGGUACCGUCAGCACAGCCCUUUCAGAUGAGCAAUUGUCAAAAUGUCUCAAGAGAAGCCUAUAUAGACCUGCUUCUGAGGUCUUGGGAAUCAUGGAUUCUGGUGAUGACACUGAAUGCAGCAUAUGCCAGGAAGAGUAUGCCAGUGGAGAUGAGGUAGGCGAAUUGGCAUGCGAGCAUCGCUACCAUGUGGCCUGCAUCCAUCAGUGGCUUCGGCAGAAGAAUUGGUGCCCAAUUUGCAAAGCAUCUGCCAUUCCCUCCUAGAGAACAUCCAAAGUGAAGAAACAAAUCUUCUCUGUCUGAACACUGCUUAGAGGCUUCCUGUACAUAGAAUCUUUUCACAUUCCUCCUAGAAAAUAAACCUUGGAUUGCAGAAACCUUCACUCAGGUUCUAGUUCAAAUGUUUAUAUGCAUUUUUUGAAAACAAACGGUUCAUAAGGGUGUUCUCUUAUGUUUCAUUUUAUUGUUCAUAUCAGGGUGUUCUUUUA